UUCGCGAUAGCCUCAUUCUGCUCUUCAGCAUCGGCUCCACUGGGAAUAAUCCUGCAACACCUAGAGCCAGCCAGGAGAGGUGACAGCUCUGCUCUACCACCACCCAAGUCUGACAGCCAUGAUUCGGGAAGACCCUCUGCUUCGGCUCAGAUCAGGGAUCAACUCGCUGCUCAAUGGCUAGAUCUCACCGUACAAAGAGCUGGGGGCCUUUCUACUGAGUAUCCCUCACUGCAUAGUAGCACAUGGAUUUCAAGACUUCAAAUGAAGAGACAAAGACUGGGAUUUAUUUGAUGCAAGAAGGUAAUGAGGAGCCGUUUAAUAUUCGACUACACUUGGCCAAAGAUAUUCUGACCAUUCAAGAGCAAGAUGUCAUCUGUGUGUCAGGAGAGCCUUUUUAUUCAAGUGAGAGGACUGUAACGAUCAGGAGGCAGACAAUAGGAGGGUUUGGCCUGAGCAUCAAGGGUGGAGCAGAGCAUAAAAUCCCUGUUGUGAUAUCAAAAAUAUCAAAGGAACAAAAAGCUGAACUCUCUGGCCUGCUUUUCAUCGGAGACGGCAUCCUUCAGAUAAAUGGAAUAAACGUUAGAAGUUAUCGCCACGAGGAAGUGGUCCAGGUUUUGAGAAAUGCUGGUGAAGAAGUGACUCUUACCGUCUCUUUCCUAAAGAAAACCCCAGCCUUUCUGAAACUUCCCCUGUGUGAGGACUGCACAUGCAUCCCCAGUGACCAGAGUAGUGGAACUUCCUCUCCUCUGUGUGAUAGCGGACUGCACUUGAACUACCAUCCUAACAACACGGACACGCUGUCCUGCUCGUCCUGGCCCACAUCACCAGGGCUGCGCUGGGAGAAGAGAUGGGUGGACCUGCGCCUUAUUCCACUGCUCCACUCACGGCUGUCGCAGUACAUCCCAGGCUCUGACGCCUGCAGGAAAAAUGCCUUCCAGGUCAUAGCUGUGGACGGAGUUUGUAGCGGCGUUAUACAGUUUCCUACAGCUGAAGACUGCUUGGACUGGCUUCAGGCAAUAGCGAGCAACAUUUCCAGUCUCACCAAGCACAAUGUGAAGAAGAUUAACCGAAAUUUUCCAGUUAACCAGCAGAUUAUCUACAUGGGCUGGGUUGACGAGAAGGAGCAGGACUCCGUUCAGGACCGAAUGUAUUCACCAAAGUUCCUCGCUUUGAGGGGUUCCUCACUCUUCAAGUUUUCAGCACCUCCUGUGACAACAUGGGACUGGACCAGAGCAGAGAAAAGCUUUACUGUGUAUGAAAUAAUGUGCAAGAUAUUAAAGGAUAAUGACCUUCUGGACAAGAGGAAGCACUGCUUCAGCGUCCAGACGGAGAGUGGGGAGGACAUGUUCUUCAGCGUGGAACUGGAUUGCGAGCUGCUGAUCUGGGAAAAGGCUUUUCAGAUGGCCACUUUCCUGGAGGUGGAGAGGAUACAGUGUAAAACAUAUGCCUGUAUCAUGGAGAGCCACCUCAUGGGACUGACAGUUGACUUCAGCAUGGGCUUUGUGUGCUUUGAUGCAGCUUCAAAGGCAGUACUGUGGAGAUACAAGUUCUCCCAACUAAAAGGAUCAUCUGAUGAUGGAAAAAGCAAAAUCAAGUUUUUGUUCCAAAAUCAAGACUCCAAAUCUAUUGAAGCAAAGGAGCUGGAGUUCUCAAACCUCUUCGCCGUGCUUCAUUGUAUUCACGCUUUUUUUGCUGCCAAAGUUGCUUGCCUGGAUCCGAUGUUUGUGGAGAGCCAAGGCACCGCGACUACCACUGGGUUUCCUACUCUUUCCAGUAUCUCAUGUAAUUCACAGACACCUAAACUCAAAUACGCCACUUGACAGGCGCUGCUCUCCCCACAAACCUUCUAAAAGGACACUUAGUUGUGACUGUGGCCUAAAAUGUGGUGGACAGGAGAACUGGAAAAUGUUCAAAUUUUGACAUUAUGGAGGACAGCUGUAUACGGUGGUGGAAUAAAAGACCUCGUUGGGAGUGAUAUACUUGAUACCUUUCAGAUUUCUGGGAUUUCUGGAAAAAAUUUUGGACCUAAACAUGAACCUCUACUUUAAAAAACUUCCCAAAAAGACUCUACGGACACAAAUGUGCGAUUCAGAAAUGUUUUUAAGUGAAUUUGUCCUUCUCUUGAUCCUCAGACAUCCUUAUAAUCAACACAUCACAAAGAAAAAUGCAGUUCUUUUCCCAGGGUAGUCUGCUUUUCUAUGUAAUUUUAUUCAACUUUUGAAGAUUUGGAAGAGUUAAAACAAAUCAGAUUUUAGCCUUUUUUUUGUUUCCACAUGACACAGUACAUCACUUGAACGUCUGCAAGGAUUUGUCUGGACACUGGAUAUGAUGAUGUAGUAUGAUGAUGCUUUCUAUAUUUCCAUUUUUGUGUGUUCUUGAGAUGAAAACUUUUACCUACAUUCAUACUUCAAUUAGCAGUAGAAUGUAUUUUUUCCACUGGAGUGUAAUUAGACUGAAGCUAAAUGGCAACACCAAUCUAAUAAUGAAUUUGAAUUAUGACUAAACUGAAUGAAUGCCUUAGAUCAGUUUGUGUCGGAAUAUACUGAGUAACUUCAUUUAUUUUUCUCUCUAUAUAAAAUACACCCACAGAUUUAGGUCAGAAUUUAACUAUUACCCAGAUUACUGGAUAGAAAAGUUGUAUGAGUGUAGUUUUUAUUGUAUGGAUGAAGAGUGACAUAUUAAUAUACAGGUUCACAAACCGCACAACCAUAAUCUGACGAUACCACUCUAAACGUGAUUAAAAACACCUUCCUUCAUGUUUAUAGCAUUUUUUUCUCUCUCCAAAAACUUGAUUAUGUAAAUAAACACUGACAUUCAAAUGAACUCAAAGAAUUAUGAAUGAUGGCGAUUACUUGAGGGAUUACUUAUAGGGAUUAUUCCAUUUGUUAAUUUGAUGUGCACCAGAGACGACUAGGUAGAUAGCUCAUAACCUCGUGCUCUCUUCAUCGUUUACUCUGUGGACCAAUUUAAAAGAAUAAAAUCAGCUAUGGUGUAUUUUUCGAAAUAUUUGAUCUUUUUUUGUUUUUUAAUUCAGCAUGUAAAUAUGAUAACUUUUCAUUGACAAAGAGAAAAUACACCGCCAGGAAAAUAGAAAUAUGUAGCGUCAUGGCCUCCAAAGGUUCGAGAUGCCCCUUUAAAUUUCACUCUAGUAUUAAGCUGUUUAUAAAUGCAGCAGAGUGACAAACUAUCAUAUUCAAAAAAGAGUUCAGGUCAAUUAGCGCAAUUAGUCAUGCUCUUACCUUCCAUUUACAAAGUAGAAUCCAAACAGAAGAGGCCCAUGGGUAGGUAAACUCUAGAGGAUAGUAAAUUAAAUGGGGUCAGUAAAGUGCUUGGUACAGUGCGGGCUUAUUAAGCUGACAUGAGUGUAUGAGGGAGACUAAUGGUGGUGCAGUCUAUGCAAAGAAAGUCUGAGUGAUGCCUUUGUGCUUUAAAAUUAUCUCGGUUGCAUACCCUUAUAACACAGGAUCUAGAGAGUGAGGUUUAUUUUAUUUUUU